UGCACAAAUUGCAAUACUCAAACUACUCCUCUUUGGAGAAGAAAUCCAGAAGGUCAACCGCUUUGUAAUGCUUGUGGAUUAUUUUUAAAAUUGCAUGGUGUUGUUAGACCCUUAUCUUUGAAAACAGAUGUCAUCAAGAAAAGACAUAGA